GAAGAAGAAAGCUUAGCAUCGUUAGCUGCUGAAGUGUGCCAGUCGAUAGUAACAGAACUAAAUUCAACUCAACUAAAUAAAUUGAUAAAAAAUGGCCGGAACGGCUUCGGUAGCCGGUGAGGUGUUUGUCGAUGCUUUGCCAUAUUUUGACCAAGGUUACGAUGCAGCAGGUGUCAGAGAAGCGGCUGCGGCGUUGGUGGAGGAAGAGACCAGAAGAUACAGACCGACCAAGAACUACCUGAGCUACCUAAUCACGCCUGACUUCUCUACUUUUGAGACAGAAAUCAUGAGGAAUGAAUUUGAGCGGCUGGCGGCCCGGCAGCCCAUGGAUUUGCUGAGCAUGAAGAGAUAUGAGCUGCCGGCGCCCUCUGCAGGACAGAAGAAUGACAUCACAGCAUGGCAGGAGUGUGUGAACAACUCAAUGGCCCAGCUGGAGCACCAAGCGGUCCGUAUCGAGAACCUGGAGCUCAUGUCGCAGUACGGAACCAACGCGUGGAAAGUCUACAAUGAUAACUUGGCCUUCAUGAUUGAGAUGGCUCAAAAGGAGCUUCAGAAAUUCAGGAAACAAAUUCAGGAUUUAAACUGGCAGCGUAAGAACGAUCAGUUAGCAGGAGGAGCCAAACUGCGAGAGCUGGAGUCAAACUGGGUGUCUCUGGUCAGUAAGAACUACGAGAUCGAGCGGGCCAUCGUUCAGCUGGAGAACGAAGUGGCUCAGCUCAGACAACAGCAGGGGGACGAGAACAAGGAGAACAUCAGACAGGACUUUUAGAGCGGCAGCAGCAGACGCUUUCAUCUACCCUCACAGCGCUGAACUGCAGACUAAUGAGAGAUUCAGAGAGAUUUCAUCUUGUUUCAUAAGGCUGACUGCAACAAACUGAACCAAACCCAUCUGUGCAAGUGCUGAGAUAACUGAGAACCAGCCUGUAUGGAGGAGAUUUAAUGUUCUCAACCUGCAUCAUCCAGACGGACUGCUCUGAAAUCUCACAUCAGUUUAGUCUACUUUUGAAACAGUGGUGGAAUAUGGUAUAAUGCAGAUUUCUCAGUGCUACAAUGAAAUGUAUUUAGUUUGUCUAUUUCUGUGAGCCCCACCUCGACACAUGUUCAUGUCAUUUUUUUUAUGCCACUGUAAUAAAAUGAACAUUUCUUACAUUUCCUAA